GACUCGCAGGCGGGUGGCGGCGGCCGUGCUUGCUAGUGAGGGCGGGCGGGAGUGACUCACUGAGCGUGUGUGAGGGAGGGAGCGAGCGAGCGAGCAGCCCGCGCCGGCCUUCCGCAGCACCAGCCAGGCCACGCCGCCGCCUCUUCCCCUGCGCCCCGCGCCCAGGCCGGGCCGAGCCGGGUCGGGCCCGGGCCAUGCUGCUCACCGUGUACUGUGUGCGGAGGGACCUCUCCGAGGUGACCUUUUCCCUCCAGGUCGACGCCGACUUCGAGCUGCACAACUUCCGCGCGCUGUGCGAGCUCGAGUCUGGCAUCCCCGCAGCCGAGAGCCAGAUCGUCUAUGCUGAAAGACCUCUCACAGACAACCACAGAUCAUUGGCUUCUUAUGGCUUGAAAGAUGGGGACGUUGUGAUUUUACGACAGAAGGAGAAUGCAGACCCUCGACCUCCAGUGCAGUUCCCAAACUUACCCCGAAUAGAUUUCAGUAGUAUAGCUGUGCCUGGCACAUCAAGUCCCCGGCAGCGCCAGCCACCAGGAACACAGCAGUCCCACUCAUCUCCUGGAGAAAUAACUUCAUCUCCUCAGGGCUUGGACAAUCCAGCCUUGCUCCGAGGUAUGUUGCUGGCCAACCCGCAUGAGCUGUCCUUGCUGAAGGAACGCAAUCCACCCCUGGCAGAAGCUCUGCUCAGUGGAGACCUUGAGAAAUUCUCUAGAGUCCUGGUGGAGCAGCAGCAGGACCGAGCCCGGAGAGAGCAAGAAAGGAUUCGUCUGUUUUCUGCUGAUCCCUUUGACCUUGAAGCUCAGGCAAAGAUAGAAGAAGAUAUCAGGCAACAGAACAUUGAGGAAAACAUGACAAUAGCUAUGGAAGAGGCUCCGGAAAGUUUUGGCCAAGUAGUGAUGCUUUAUAUUAACUGCAAAGUGAAUGGACAUCCUGUGAAAGCCUUUGUUGACUCAGGUGCCCAGAUGACUAUUAUGAGCCAAGCUUGUGCAGAAAGGUGUAAUAUAAUGAGACUGGUGGAUCGUCGGUGGGCAGGGAUUGCCAAAGGAGUGGGCACCCAGAAGAUUAUUGGAAGGGUACAUCUAGCUCAGGUUCAGAUUGAAGGAGAUUUUUUGCCAUGUUCCUUCUCUAUACUUGAGGAACAGCCCAUGGACAUGCUUCUGGGACUGGACAUGCUUAAACGGCAUCAGUGUUCCAUUGACCUGAAGAAAAAUGUACUCGUGAUCGGCACCACAGGCUCCCAGACCACCUUUCUUCCUGAGGGAGAGCUACCAGAAUGCGCCCGGUUGGCAUAUGGGGCCGGAAGAGAGGAUGUACGGCCAGAGGAGAUUGCAGACCAAGAAUUAGCAGAAGCCCUUCAAAAAUCAGCAGAGGAUGCAGAGAAAAGCGGUAAAGAAUCUACCUCACUGGGAAUGUCAUCAUUACUAACUUCAGAUGGGUUUAACCAUCCAGCCCAUUCUUUAGGACAGAGUCCUGAUACUGGUAAUCCUAUGAGUCUUGCUCGCUCUGUCUCUGCUUCAGUCUGCCCUAUCAAGCCCAGUGACCCAGAUAGCAUUGAACCUAAAGCUGUGAAGGCUUUGAAGGCUUCAGCUGAAUUCCAGAUAAACUCUAAAAAGAAAGAACAUCUUUCUUUACAAGAUCUUUCCGAUCAUGCUUCCUCAGCAGACCAUGCUCCAACAGACCAGAGUCCAGCUAUACCUAUGCAGAAUUCAUCCGAAGAAACAACUGUUGCAGGUAAUCUGGAGAAAUCUGCUGAAAGAAGCAUCCAGGGCCUCAAAUUUCAUCUCCAUACAAGACAGGAAGCUAGUUUAUCUGUCACAUCUACUAGGAUGCAUGAACCACAGAUGUUUCUAGGUGAAAAGGAUUGGCAUCCAGAAAACCAUAACCUGAGUCAAGUGAGUGACCCUCAGCAGCACGAACAAGCAGGGAAUGAACAGUAUGAGGUUGCACAACAAAAAGCUUCACAUGACCAAGAAUAUCUUUGUAACAUAGGGGACCUUGAGCUUCCUGAAGAAAGGCAACAGAAUCAACACAAAAUUGUUGAUUUGGAAGCUACGAUGAAAGGAAAUGGGCUCCCACAGAAUGUGGAUCUUCCGAGUACGAAGAAAAGUAUUCCACCUUCAGGAUGCAGUGGCUGCUCAAAUUCAGAAACACUUAUGGAAAUAGAUAUAGCUGAACAGUCCCUAGUUACUGUGCUUAAUUCAACAGGCAGGCAGAAUGCCGAUGUCAAGAACAUUGGUGCAUUGGAUCUCACUUUAGAUAAUCCCUUGAUGGAAGUAGAAACAUCAAAAUGUAACCCUUCAUCUGAAAUUUUGAAUGAUUCCAUUUCCACUCAGGAUUUACAGUCCCCAGAAACUAAUGUUGAAAUAUCUGGAACAAAUAAAGAAUAUGGCCAUUGCUCCUCCUCUCCAAGUCUCUGUGGCAGUUGUCAGCCCUCUGUGGAGUCAGCAGAAGAAUCUUGUUCAUCUAUAACGGCCGCCUUGAAAGAACUUCAUGAACUUUUGGUUGUUAGCAGUAAACCAGCUUCAGAAAAUACAUCUGAAGAAGUAAUCUUUCAAUCAGAAACCAUAGCUGAGGGCCAAACCAGUAUUAAAGACCUUUCUGAAAGAUGGACCCAAAAUGAGCAUCUUACCGGGACUGAACAGUGUCCACAAGUCUCCUUUCAUCAGACCGUAUCUGUAUCAGUGAAGACAGAAAAAUUAACAGUUACUUCAUCUGACACUGGAAUAGAAGCUGUAGAAAGUGGAAACUUCAGGAGUCUAGGUGAUGGUCUGUCAACUGAUGAGGAAGGUGUCCCCAAAUUGAGGGAAUCCAUAAACAAGAACAGUUCUGUCACUGUAACCUCAGCUAAAACAUCUGAUCAGUUACACUGCACCUUAGGUGUAGAAAUUUCACCCAAACUUUUAGCAGGUGAGGAGGAUGCACUCAAUCAGACUUCUGAGCAAACUAAGUCUUUGUCAUCCAAUUUCAUAUUGGUUAAAGACUUAGGUCAGGGCAUACAGAAUUCAGUAACAGACAGGCCGGAAACCACAGAAAAUGUCUGUCCUGAAGCUUCGAGGCUGUUACUUGAAUAUGAACCACCUACCAGCCAUCCAUCAUCAAGUCCUGCCAUUCUUCCACCAUUGAUUUUUCCUGCUGCAGAUAUUGACCGGAUUCUCCGUGCUGGCUUUACUUUGCAGGAAGCUCUUGGAGCUUUGCAUCGAGUUGGUGGGAAUGCAGACCUUGCACUUCUUGUUUUGCUCGCAAAAAACAUCGUAGUUCCUACAUGACUAUGGGAAAGUGGGCUAGACUGUUGUCCAUUCCCUUUAAACAAAAGAAAGCUCUCUCUCUAUACACACACACAUACACACUCACCACAUAUACAGUAUAUGUAGAGACCUGCAAGCAGAAUGUUGAGCCAGAUUUUUUUUAAAGAUUUUUUUCGGCCAAAGUAAUUUAUGAUCUCUUGUCCGAUGAAUUUGUCUAUCCUACUUGUUAAAAUUUAGGCCUUUUUAAAUGUAUUGGCAGUAUGUGCAUACAAAAGCUUUUUAUUCUCAUUAAGAUGUAUCCUGGAAUAAAAUGGAUGGUUUUGUGUAUAGCAUACUGUUUUAGAAUGAGAGUAAAUGCUUUGAAAAGCAAAAGCCAUGAGAAAUCCCACUACCCAUCCAGCUAAAAACAGAUUAACUCUCCAUACUGUGUGUGUCUGUGCUGAUGGCAAGGUGUGACUUGCUGGCUCAGUUGUCAAUUUAGAAACUUUUGACCACAUAGUUUGGUGUUUGGAAUUCUACCCAGCGCUCUGUGUAUCAUGAAUCAUUAAUUGUAACAGGAAAUUGGAGAAUAAUUGAAUACCUUAUUGUAGAGUGGUAUGUUUUUAUUUGUGUGCUUAGAAUUUGACAUUUUAAUAGGGUGAGCAGGAGGGUUUAAAUCUUGGGCUCCUUUGUGCAUCGCAGGCUGCUGCAUGGAUUGCCAUGAAUCCUUAUUACGUUGGAUGGCAUAUUGUGGGGCAGUUACAAC